CGGACAAAAUGAGUUCAGAACACACAGAUAUGGACAAACUUCAGUAUUUGAAUGACCAGGUGGAGAGAUACUACCUAAUUUGCAUGGAGCUGAAGAAGGAGAAUAAAGUGCUCCUUGAGAAUUUAAAGAUGCAGGAGAAGAAACAGAAAGAGAACAAUGAUUUUCUGAGAACCACUUUGGCGGCAAACAAAGAAAAGAAAAAGUGCAAGUCUCCGAAACCGAAUAUUCAGCUUGAGGAGAAAAGACAGGCCCAUAGCAAGUGGAAGCAGGAGAAGGAGGAACGGAUCAAUCAGCUGCAGUCCAAGAUAAAGAAUCAGGUCGUUGAUUUGGAGGAGAAUGAGAAACUCACUGCGGAGCUAAGGCAGAGGGUGUUUGAGGAAGAACAUUACAAUGAACUGCUUAGGAAGGAGAUAGCAGAGCAAGAAGCUACUAGUCACAGGCUAAAGUUGGACUUUGAAAAGAUAUCCCAGUCCUUACCGGUUUUAAAGGAGAAUCUUGAGAAAACUAAAUUGGAAAACCCCUUUGAAAUGGUGAGAGCAUGCAACAGGAAGCUAUCCGAAGCUCUGCAGUCCCCGGAGAUCCUUAACUGCAUUCUGAAGAAGUUAGGUUACUUGCAAAGCAGAAAAGAAUAUUUAAAGUACAUGAAUCGUGGCCUUAUGAGGAAGAUUACCAGUCUGAGUCUUCAAAAAAGUGCUGAAGAGAAGGAUAUUGAGCCUCUCAUGGAGAAAUGUCAGGAACUCGAAGUGGAAAAAAUUGAAUUGAUAAAAGGGCAGGACAUCAUCUGGGCUGAGAAUGAAAUUUUAAGCUUAGAUAAUGAUGGCUAUGAUUUCAGUAAAAGAAUCAGCAAAGCGCUUGAGGUGUACCACCAGGAAGAGGCCACCGCAAAACAGCUGCAGGAGGAAUUAGAGGGACUGAGCAUCAAGAGGAGGCAUCUGGAAGAAUUGAAGGAGGAGGCAGCCAUCACUGUGAGACACAUACUGGAGGUAAAAAGAUAA